UCGCAUGGUGCCGGGGCCUCUGGGCUGACGGACGCCCGAAUCCGGGCCCCCCAGAGCCGCCUCUAGCCAAAACCGCGCCCGCCGGACCCAGAAGAAUGGUCACUCAGAUAAUUAGCACCAUGGAGACUCAGGUGUCCGGCGGCCCCCCCCCUACGGCCCUGCCCAAUGGGCCGCUUGUCAGCACCAACGGAGCCACCGAUGACAGCAAGACCAACCUCAUUGUCAACUACCUGCCCCAGAAUAUGACGCAGGAGGAGUUCAAAAGCCUCUUUGGCAGCAUUGGGGAGAUUGAGUCCUGCAAGCUGGUUCGGGACAAGAUCACAGGGCAAAGCUUGGGCUAUGGCUUCGUGAAUUAUGUGGACCCCAAUGAUGCGGACAAAGCCAUCAACACCCUCAAUGGCCUCAAGCUGCAGACCAAGACCAUCAAGGUGUCCUACGCCCGGCCCAGCUCAGCCUCCAUCAGAGAUGCCAACCUGUAUGUGAGUGGCCUCCCCAAGACCAUGAGCCAGAAGGAAAUGGAGCAACUCUUCUCCCAGUACGGGCGCAUCAUCACCUCCCGAAUCCUCGUAGAUCAGGUCACAGGUGUGUCUAGGGGCGUGGGCUUCAUUCGGUUUGACAAGAGGAUUGAGGCAGAAGAGGCCAUCAAGGGCUUGAAUGGGCAGAAGCCGCUAGGUGCCAGUGAGCCCAUCACUGUCAAGUUCGCCAACAACCCCAGCCAGAAGACAGGCCAGGCCCUGCUCACACACCUUUACCAGUCCUCAGCACGGCGGUAUGCAGGACCCCUGCACCACCAGACACAGAGGUUCAGGCUGGACAAUUUGCUAAACAUGGCCUAUGGCGUAAAGAGUCCCCUGUCGCUCAUCGCCAGGUUUUCGCCCAUCACCAUCGACGGCAUGAGCAGCCUGGCGGGUGUGAGCCUGUCGGGGGGCGCAUCGGGCGCUGGCUGGUGCAUCUUCGUCUACAACCUGUCCCCGGAGGCAGACGAGAGUGUCCUGUGGCAGCUGUUCGGGCCUUUUGGGGCUGUGACCAACGUCAAGGUCAUCCGCGACUUCACCACCAAUAAGUGCAAAGGCUUUGGCUUCGUGACCAUGACCAACUACGACGAGGCCGCCAUGGCCAUCGCCAGCCUCAACGGCUACCGCCUGGGUGACCGCAUCCUGCAGGUCUCCUUCAAGACCAGCAAGCAGCACAAGGCGUGA